AUGUUCUACGUCAUGUACCUGACAGGCCUUUGCCAAAGACGCCACUGGCCCGACCCACUCUUCCAGACCUUCCGCACACGCUACGGCUACGGCUCAACUGUACGAGUAAACAACCGUGAAUACUCUACAGAUGUUGAGUAUGAAUCCGAGGAGCUAGCCAAAAAUGCUGCCGCUACCCGAGCCUACAUGAUUUGCCGCAAUUUCUCGGUAAAUGAUGGAAUGUACCCAGGCCAGCGACCCGGCGAGGGAGCUCAAGGCCUCCCAACCCCAAUUGGAGCGGGCCGACGGAAUACGACCUCAUCCAACGACUACGAUAGCUCAAGUACCAUCAGUGGUGGUACGAGCCCUAGGAGUUCCGAUUGUGGCCUUGACGCUGCACAAGCGGCUGCAGCGGGACGACGACCAAGCAAGGCUUCCGCUACGCCAUCCACUCCAUCUGCAUGCUGCUGCGGACGCGGAUACGUCCGAGCCUAUGAGCGUUGCUCAGGCUGUCUCCAGGAUGCUGGUUACCGAGUUUAA